AUAACACAGAAGAACACUUUCUGCUCAUACUAUCGUAGUGGUGAAUAAUUAAUAAACCACUAAACUCACGAUAUUUGUUAUUAUUCAUCUCUGACUUUAAACUUGAAAAUCGCUGGGCGUAGGCCUUGCACUUCUCCCAUCGGCCUACUCCGUUGCACUCUAUACCAGCAAACUGGGCAAUAAGCCUACAUUGAUCUUUAGCUCGAUUGGUGGUUUGAAAUGUUUCUCCAAUAAUUGAAACCGGCGGCCGAGUUCUCUCAAUGUAUCAUGCUAGACGAUUACUUCGAAAAUCCCAGGUAACAUUCCGGAUAAGCCAACCAUUACCUCGGGAUUCAAGCUCGGUCACUAUUCGUCAACUACAGAUCAAACGCCCGUGGGCCAGGAAAUUUCUAGCUACCUUUUUAUUGUGCGGGACUGCACUUCAUUUGUUAACUUCCUUCGCCGUCUUGCGGUUCGAUGAGUCGCUCUAUGAUACUGACCGGUCACCGGAGAGUUUGCCAGGGCUUGACGCCUCAUCCACACCUGAGAAGUUUGACAGGGACGAAUAUGUUCCUCCCCACUCAGAGCAUGCUGUUACUAUACAAACUCGCUUCCUUCCCCUAGGUUGGCCUCGCUUACACGAAGGAAACUUUUAUGCACCGACAGACCCUGAGUGGCAAGCUUUUAGGAAAUUAGCCCUUGACAAGAACAAGCUCUCGGGGUUGAAAGAAGACUUAAUUUCAGCUGUUUUGGAUGUCUCAUCGCAAUCAAGACUACUUAAUUAUAUGCUGGGGGGACCAGUGUCUGUCGCAGGAGUUUGGCUAGAACACCGAUUCCCGUACCGUGCACCCCCUGUAUACUAUCGAUUUGGACUACAACUAUCUCCGAAUGGCCUCGCCUGGGUUUCGAAGCCAAUAGCUUCAGAAGACGGCGACUGCCUGCACAGAUGUAUGAGGCCGUUAUGUGUGGCACACGCAAUUAAGGAUGCUUUUUUGGUUCUGUGGAGCAGGCAAAUCUCCCGACUUAGCCCAGGCUUGAUGGAUGAGCAGAUGUCUGGGUCUUUUAUUUCUCUAGAUGCAAAUUUAUUGCCCUCGGUCUUGCAAGGAUCUGAUGGACUUGACGACGUUUCUCGGUCUGUGUCACAGCCGCCUCCACAGAAUUCCCAAGACGGCAGCCCAUCAACCAAGGACUGCUCCCGUCCACAUACUUCAUUGUGCAUUUCUACGUUGCGAAAAUUACCGCUGCCAAAGCUCGGGCCUGAUUCUGACCUACGUAUGGCGCUCCUGGCUUUCAAGUGGCGAUUGAAUUACUGCUGGGCUCGCAACGUGCACACAUCUCGUCGCGGUGUCAUGUACUUUUCUGGUCCUGUUGGUAUACGAGGCCCCAGAGGGUUGUGCAGAGUGGAGGUGAAGGGAGAGUAUGAUGUUGUGAGGUCUCAAUGGACUGCUAUCUCCAUGGAUAUCAGAGAUCUUAAUUUGUUCAGUCAAAGGGCACUUGGUCCUCGUUAGCAACGCUUAUGUCCAUUGGCUGUAACUCAGCUGACUUGUGUAAACCACCAAUCCCAGAGCGUAUCAAACAACCUCAAUACCGUGGUAUCCUUUAUGGCCUCAAAGCCUUGUGAAAUACCAGCGAGGGACAUGGUUUGGUGUGUCUGUCAGACGGUCUCUUACGGAUUAUUCUAGGUUCACGAAAUCCUUUCGGAGACCCCAUCUGGAGCAUUCAGCUUAUUAUAAUGGGUUCCUUGAGGCAGGCAAAUGAACAGUACAGCGUCUUGAUGGGAUAUGUGUAUCUUCCCUCUAUUUUGCUAAAGUUCGUGCAGCCAGCCAAACUACGUACCACCACUUCAAACUCCGCAUAAAUAUGAAGGGCGAAUCGUGCUACCGGGUGCUAGUUGUCGUUAGUCAAACCAGGUGUAGUAAGCUUUGAUAAUUGUGUACACAAAGAUGAGUCAAAUCUCUUAAGCGAUGCUUGGUAACUCGAGUAUUAGUUAUCCUGAUUGACAACUCAUUAAUAAAUCCCAAAGGGUUAGUUUACCAUGUGAUUUGACUAAUUAUUCAUAGUUAACGUAAUCGGACAACGAAGCGGCGCGACAACGAGCC